AUGUACAGAAUCCAGCAAUCCGUACUCCGGCCUCACUGCCUUGGUUCCAGGCAUUACCGUACCAAGUAUCUCAGAGACCAAGACUUCAUUGUCUACGGGCUAUUUGCCCGCAUAAAGCCUACGCAUACACCAGUCACAUGCCCACCAUUGUCGCCAAACAAGAAGGCUCGCAUUCAUCUCCACAUCAAUAUCGCCCCAGAGUAUUGA